AUGCAUUUUGUGAAGAAGGUACCAACAACAGAAGAGGAGAAUGAAGCACGACAGAAAGCAAGACAGUCAAAACUGCGUGCGUAUUGUACGAUUAGAGAUCGGGUUUUCGAGAAACGCGAAAAAGGUGAGCUCAACAGUGAAAUUCUUGAGUUAACGUCGAAAAUUCUGGUCAAGAAUCCAGAUGUGUAUACGUUUUGGAAUGUUCGUCGAGCGACAAUUUCUGCUCUAAUGGCAAAGGUUAUUUAUUCAGAUCGAGACGAAAAUGAGAAUGUUGAGAAUGUGAUUAAACGUAACGAUUUGAUGCUGUCCGGAGAGAUGUUUCUUACUGAAGAAUGCCUCAAGGAGAAUCCAAAAUCGUACAGUGCAUGGUUCCAUCGUGCAUGGGCACUGAAGCGAAUGACCAAUUGUAACAUUGAAUCCGAGUUGAAAAUGAUUGAUAAGGCACUGCAGUAUGAUUCUCGAAAUUUUCAUUGUUGGGACCAUCGUCGUUUCGUUAUUCAACUUGCUGGAAUAACACCUGAGCAAGAGUUGAAAUUCACCGAUCAAAUGAUAAACGCAAACUUCAGCAAUUAUUCGGCUUGGCAUUAUCGCUCCACGUUGUUACCUUCAGUUUCACCGUCUGAUUCGGAUGUCAUUUUAGAGGAGGGAACAAUAGAACGCGAAUUGAAGCCUCUUGUUACCUUUCUUGUUCGUGGUAUUCAUCUAGUCGUUUUGCAGAAGCUUGCAAAUGCUUAUUUUACCGAUCCAGAAGAUCAGAGUGCGUGGAAGUAUACGGAAUGGUUGAUUGCAAUGGAUCCUCAUAGCGCAAUAGAUGAAAGCAAUACGCAAGUGAUCAGUAUAACAUUUUAUGCUGACGGUCAUAAUGCGAUCGUACUGUUCAGUAAUGCCGUAUCUGUUGAAGAUGUGCACCACUUCAUCACAUUCCCUUCAAUUGAACAUUCCAGUAUCAAUUAUAAGCCAGUGUCUGUAUAUCCGAUGACUAAGUAUGCACGGGUUUUUAUGAUCACCUGCAACGAAGGAUUAGGACAGGCAAUAUUGAAAUCUAGUGCGGGUUUGGUACUUGACGAGAUAGAACCAGAAGAGGGUUUUGUGGAUAUGAAUUAUUUGCAUAAACAUUUCAAUAUCACCGAAAAAGAUCUAUCAACAGCCAGACAGAGUGCGCUGAACGGUGUGAUUGAGAACUGUAACGCAUUGAUUGAGGAAUUAUCGCUCGAUGUUAAUAAUCAGUUACAUUUGGUUAAGAGACCAUUAUUUACAUUGACGCGUUGUUUGAUCGAGUUGGAUGUGGUGCGAAAUCAUCGAGAGAUAUUGAAAAAUUUAGAGCGAUUAGCAAAUGAACUCGAUACGGAACGAAGGGCAAUGUAUUGGGACUUGAUUGACAAGUAUCGGUUGCUAUCGUAUCUGAGAACGGUGAACAAGAGUGAGGGCGAAGAACGAGACGAGACGAAUCUGGAUUAUAUUAUUCGAUCGAAUCAGAAAGUGGCCAGCACGAACAUAUCAACAGUUGAAGAUGUGUGGUCAGUUAUCGAGUCGAAAUCACUGCAACGAUUCAUAUUCUGUGAAACGCCACUGUCAGCAGACGAAGAACAGAGCAAACGGCUUUAUGAACAAGUUCACCAACGCGCAUCACGCAUCAGAUUGAUCCGAUGUUGGCUUUGA